CCCAGGUUCUGGAGGGGAAGGAACUACAUUUCCCAGGAUGCAAAGCGCUGCCGGGAGGUGCGUGGAGGCUGUGGCCGCAGGAAGGUGGCUGGAGCCGUGAGGACAGGAACGGUUGUGGGGGGUCGCAAGCACAGCCUUGGGGCGCUGUCCCCCCGCCAGAUGCUCCCCUCCCGCCUCCUUCGCCAAGCCCUCCCUCGGCCAGCCCCCAGCUUUGGGUACUCGACAGCCGGUCCCGCCAUGGAGGAGAAGCCGGUGGAGUCGUCCAUUCGCGCCAAGCUCCGGCAGGCCCUGCAGCCGGUGCACCUGGAAGUGCACAACGAGAGCUCCAUGCACGCCGUGCCCCGGGGCUCCGAGACCCACUUCAAGGUGGUGAUCGCCAGCCAGCGCUUCGCCGGCCUGCCCCUGCUCCAGCGCCACCGGCUGGUGAAUGAGAUCCUCCAGGCUGAGCUGGCCGGGCCCGUCCAUGCCCUCUCCAUCCAAGCCAAGACCCCCCAGCAGUGGGAAGAGAACCAGAGAGUGAGCCAGAGUCCGGGAUGCCUCGGGGGAUCCAAACACGACCCGCACAUGGCGACCAAACUGGGCAGUCAGGGGUGACCCUGCGGGACGGCACUGGGGGGGGGGGAGGGUUGGGUUAGCUCACUCCCUGGGGGUGACCCUGACGCUCACAUUGUGACCACAUCCAGAGCCUUGCAAAGCCGCCUAGCGCUGGAAGUGGAAACAUUCACAGGCUGGGGUUGCACCACCAAUGCCAGGAGUCCACCAGGGUCAGCCCCAGACUCCGCCCGCCCCCUGCACUUGGCCGCGGGUUAUUGGUUUUUCGGUCGGUCAUGUGAAAUAUCCCUGGCUCCGCUGCUAUCAUGGUAGCGGGAGGGUCCGGCUACCAGACCAGGCUCCCGAUGGGCGCUAACGCACGUGUUCAUGAUCAUUGUGUCUGCAAAGUUGGGUGAGAUUUGCGAAGCCUGAUUUUUAAUGGAGACUGGGUGCCCGAAAUCUCUCCAACGGCUUUAAAAAGCUCAGUGUCGUGCGUUUAAAGUGUAUGUGGGGAGCCCUGGUGUUGUUAAUAAAGCUCUCAGCCGAGCAAAGAAUGGGUUCACGCUGGAAAGCA